CCUCUUCUGAAUCUAUUUCUAUUACCCCAUAAAGUUGCCAUUUUUAAUUGAGUGGUUUUCUUGAACUUUGAACCCCUUUUUUCCCUUUUCUUCUUAUCUUUUUCUCUUCCCUUGCCCGUUACAAAAUCUUUCAUCUUUGUGUUGUUCUUCUCACUGCAAUUUUGAAAAUUUCAGUUCUUGGGAGAAAACAAUGGGGAGUUGUUUGAGUAAGAAGAACACUUCUUGUUCUUCUUCUAAAUCUACUUCUACUUUUACUGUUGCAGUUUCAAAUACAAAUCAAGAAAUCACUAAAAAUAGUACCCAAGUGGAGAACAAGAAAGAGGUAGAAGGAGAAAGUGUGAAAAAAGAAAUCUUUGUUAUUAAACACAGGAAAAGCCAUGAAGUGGAUAGGAAGUCUGAAGAAGAAAAGGGUAUUGUUAAAAAGGGAAUUGAAGCAGUUGAGUCUGCUAAAACUGGUAUUACUAAUAACAAUGGUGGGUUAGGGCUAGGCAAAGAGAUUGGUAUUGUUGUAUCGGCUCCUGUGAGGACUUCAAGUUGUACUAAAGAAGAAGUUGAUGCUAUUUUGAUACAAUGUGGGAGGCUUAGCAGGAGUUCAUCUACUGGAAAGACAGGGGUUUUGGGUUCAAGUGGAUCUACUGAUAAUCCUCAAAGGAGUAGAAAGUACUCUGGUUCAAAGAGAAGUUUUGAUUUUGAGAAUGACAACGGAAAUGAUGGGAUGCAAGAAAAUGUAGUGGAUUGUGAGGAUGAUGGGGUUGUGGGAGAUGGAGUUCGUCGCCAUAGGCAACGCCAGCGCCAGCCUAGAACCCCUAAUUCUUCAUCUCAGGGACGGAGGAGAACCCCGAGUAGGGAGAGAGAUCAGGCACAACAGCAGCAGAGGUCCGGUAGUAGUAGAGAAAGAGGAAGCAGUGGAGGGGGUAGAAGGGUGAGCAGAUCUCCUGGUAGAAGAUCUGAAUCACCAAUUACUACUACCUCAAAUGGUGGCAAUGUGGCCUCUGUUAAUGCUAAUGGAAAUAAUGGUGGUAGGCCAGGGAAGAUGGUAUCUGUACCUGCUACUGUUUCAUCUAUGGUGAUGGAUAAGAGCAUUGAUGCUGGUGGAACUGACAAUAUUUCUGCUGCUGCUGUUAAGAGGAUUCAAGUGAAGAGAAAUGCAGGCGGUGACGGUCCAAGAACUGCUGCAUCUCCGCGUACUCGGUCACCAGCAAGGGUGAAUGCAAAGGUGUUGAAUGAGAGAGAUAACCAUGCUCAUUCCAACCAAAAUCAACAGCAGCCCAUGUCCCUUAGCCGUAGCAAUUCAAGGAAACACGAACAGUCUCCCUACAGAAGAAAUCCUCUCAGUGAGAUUGACACCAAUGUUGUCUUGGAGCAGAUGCCCACACCAGGACUUAAGGUCUCUUCCCAUAAGUUGAAUGCAGAAACUGUGAGCAAUGGCAAAGUCAAGGAGCAGCAGCAGCAGAAUGUUGCAAUGAACGUGAUUGUUCCAGGACCCGAAAGCCAUAAACCCCAGAGAAGCAGGUCACUAAGGCUAUCGAGAGACCUAGACAUCAAUCCUGAAGCUCUCUCAAAUCCUCCUCAAUCAUAUACUGCCCUGUUGCUUGAGGACAUCCAAAACUUCCAUCAAAAGACCAAUACUACCACGCCUGCAUUUUCGCUACCACCUUGUGUAACAAAAGCCUGCUCAAUUGUUGAUGCAGUUGCUGACCUGAACUCAACAACUAGCUCCAAUCUGCCCAGUUCUUUCUCCGAUGACAGGAGAAGAAACUCCACAGCUGAGCAAUUUAGUCAGAAUGAUAAUGCUUCUUUUGGGGUUGAUCCUCUAGGGAAGAAGAAGUUAGGGAUCAAGGAUCCCUUCAUGGAGUCUGAAGUUGCUGUGAGUGAUGACCUAAUGGAGCCAAGCAUACAGAAGUAUGUAACUUUCAGAAGGGGAACUGAUAUGGAAGAGGAAGAAUCCUCAGGAAGCAAUAGUGUUGUUGGUGGUCAGCAAAAUUGGCUUUCUCCUUCCUCUUGGGAACCAAAUUCGGCUGAUUCAACUGACUGUUGGCCUUCUUCAAAAUCCUACAGUAGAGAUGAUAACAAGAGUCCUCUAGGCUUUCAAAGGCACGCGAUAUCUGAGAUUGGCCAUGACAUGGAAGAAGGCAAAAGAAGAGUGAAUGUGAAGAGGAGGGAUUCUGACAACCAGCAAACAGGAAUUGGCCGUGGCAGAGUUGGACCUAGAGGUUGUCUUCACCCGAUUUCUAUGGCUGCUUCUACUUAAAACAUUGAACAAUUUGUUAAGAUGUAUGCAGUUUGUUUUAGAAUAGAUUUUCUAGUUGUGGUUGCACGCUUUGCAGCCUUUUGUUCUCAUUGAAGAUUGUAUGCUUUGCAACCUUUUGUUUUCGUUGAAUGUUGUCUGCAAAUGAUUUACUUGAAGCAAAUGUAAUUCAUCUACCGCCUA